AUGAGCACCGCCGUCCGCCCUGCAAGAUGUCUCUUCGCACGAGCAUCCGCCGUCGCCAGGUCCGCAACAACGCCCACCGCCGCCGCCUCCGCAGAUAGCACCACCUUCCUCCGCCGCCAGUUCCACGCGUCGCCUGCGCACAGCAAACGGCGAAAGCCGCACUACCCUUCCAUCAAAGUCGAAGACAUGAAGCGCCUGCAGGAGGUCGCGGGGUCCGAAUUCCCGACGUUUAGCGAGAAGGACAAGGAAGUGCUGGCGGCCAAGUACACGCCUGAGCAGCUGGCCGCCAUUGAGGCAGGCGAGCAGGCACUGGAUCCGCGCGAUCUGCUGGUGCAGGGCUGGAAGAGUCCCAACAACAACCGCGAUUGGGACCCGAUGGCGCUCAAGUACCAGAUCGACGACCUGCGCCGACUGCAGCCCGUGCUGGACAAGCCGCAGAAGGCCGAGCUCGACCCCUACGCCGAUUACAGCAUCCGUCCGCGUACUGAAGACGAGAUGUCCGAGCUGCUGGCCAUGUUCUACGUCCAGGAGGCCGAGCGCGUCGAGGCGCUUGGCAUUCAGCCCGGCACCCGCGCCGAGAAGGAGGAAGAGGAGAAGAGUCGCGUGCGGUAUCUGCAGUUUCUGGACAAUCCGCGUACCUUCAUGCACGCCAACAGCGAGGAGGGCUACCGUGCGCUCGAGGACGACAGCUACACCGUGCUGGCGCCCGAGCUGCCCAAGAUCGAUGAGCUGGCGCCGAGGGCGGGUUCUGGCGGCGGUAGCGGCGAAGGCGAUGAGGAGGCAAACAUGGCCCGCCUGACAAAGCAGACAGGCAUGAGCAAGGGCGAGAUUCGCCGUUUGCGCCUCAAGACUCUUGUCGUCCGCCGUGUCGUCAACCAGACCCGCCUCGGCAAGGUAUCGUCCAUGUACUACUUGACCAUCGCCGGCGACGGUAAUGGAAUGCUCGGCAUUGGCGAGGGAAAGAGCACCGAACCCGAAGAUGGCCGCCGCCAAUCCGUCAUGAACGCUAUCCGCAACAUGAAGCCCGUCGUGCGCUACGAGGGCCGCACCAUCUACGGCGAAGUUGAGGGCAAGGUCGGCGCCGUCGAGCUGAAGCUCAGUGCUAGGCCGCCAGGCUUCGGUCUCCGUUGCCAGCACCUGAUCUUCGAAAUGGCCCGCGCGGCCGGCAUCCACGACUUGGCCGCCCGCGUCACCCGCUCCCGCAACAAGAUGAACACGAUCAAGGCUACUUGGGAAGCCUUGCUCGGCCAGAAGCUGCCCGAGGACAUCGCUCGCGCUCGUGGCAGGAAGUUGGUCGAUGUGCGGAAGGUGUACUACGGCGGAAACGUCCAUUGA